AUGUCCUUUAGCUUUUUCAUAGCGCACGACAAAGUACAAACCAGAAAAACAAUGGCUAAAACAUCAACGUUUCUUUCUCCCGUUUUUGUUGUUCUUCUUUCACUCCAAUUCCUGAAUCUUUCCGUCACAUCGGGCGCUUCAGAUUCAGUCUACGAAACGUUUCUGCGAUGCUUAAAAAACCAGACAAACUCCACAGAUGAACUCUCCAAGAUAGUCUUCGCCCAAACAAAUCCGUCCUAUACUUCAGUUUUACAGGCGUAUAUUCGAAACGCUCGUUUCAAUGACUCCGAAACGCUGAAGCCUUUAAUCAUCGUAACUCCAUUACAGGAAUCCCAUGUUCAAGCUGCCGUGAUUUGCUCCAAACAAGUUGGUUAUCAGCUUAAAAUCCGAAGCGGCGGCCAUGACUAUGAGGGCAUAUCGUAUAUUUCUGAAAACCCUUUUUUUAUUCUCGACAUGUUUAAUUUACGAUCAGUAAAUAUUGACUUGAAGGACGAGUCUGCAUGGAUUGAAGCGGGCGCUACGUUGGGUGAAGUUUAUUUCAGGAUUUGGGAGAAAAGUAAAGUGCAUGGCUUUCCCGCCGGCAUUUGCCCCACUGUUGGCGUCGGUGGGCAUUUGAGCGGCGGAGGUUACGGCAACAUGCUGCGGAAGUUUGGUUUGUCAACUGAUAAUGUUGUUGAUGCUAAGAUUGUUGACGUCAAGGGGAGAAUUCUUGAUCGUAAAGCGAUGGGAGAGGAUCUUUUUUGGGCGCUUCGAGGAGGUGGGGGAGCAAGUUUUGGCGUUGUGUUAUCGUAUAAGAUCAAGUUGGUUCCUGUUCCUGAAACGGUUACCGUUUUCAGAGUUGAGAGACUUCUGCAAGAGAAUGCGACGGAUGUGGUGUAUAAAUGGCAGCUUGUGGCGCCGGCGACGGAUACGAAUUUGUUCAUGAGAAUGCUUCUGCAGCCGGUGACGAGGAACAAGACGUUGACGGUAAGAGCAUCGGUUUUGGCAUUGUAUUUAGGCGGGGCGGACAGUCUUGUGGCUCUCUUAGGGAAGGAUUUUCCUGAAUUGGGGCUGAAGAAAGAAAAUUGUAUGGAGAUGAGUUGGAUUGAAUCGGUUCUUUGGUGGGGUGAUUUCGAUAAUGGGACUAAACCUGAUGCGUUGCUUGAUAGAAAUCUCAACCAGGCGGAUUUCUUGAAGAGGAAAUCGGAUUAUGUUCAGAAACCAAUUCCGAAAUUUUCCCUCAAUUUGCUGUGGAAAACUAUGAUGGAAUUGGGAAAAAUUGGAUUGGUUUUCAAUCCUUAUGGAGGGAGAAUGGAUGAAAUUCCGGCGUCGGAGACGGCGAUGCCACACAGAGCUGGGAACUUGUUCAAAAUUCAGUACUCGGUGAGUUGGGAUGAACCUAGUGUUGAGCUUGAAAAGAACUACACAUCUCAGGCGAGAAGUCUUUACAGUUUCAUGACUCCAUUUGUGUCAAAAGAUCCGAGGAGUGCUUAUUUGAACUAUAGAGAUCUUGAUAUUGGGAUCAACCAUCAUGGUAAAGAGAGUUACAAUGAAGGUGAAGUGUACGGGAUGAAGUAUUUUAAUGGAAAUUAUGAGAGAUUGGUGAAGGUGAAGACAAUGUUUGAUCCUGAAAAUUUCUUCAGAAAUGAGCAGAGCAUCCCUCCUAAACCUACCAAGUAAGGAAUAGAAAAGUCACUCAACUAUAUAGAAUAAUUGUGAGGUUAUUACAUAUUCAUUGCAUUUAUUUGCUUCUCGAUAUGAUAUGUAAGGUGAUUAUUGAUUCAUACAUGAUAAUCAAAUCUUUAUUACACAUCAAUAAACUGCAAUAAACACUAUUGUCUUCAUAUUA